CUCAAGCCAGCCAGCAUUCCACUCUAUAUGGAACUUCCUCUACAGAAACAGUAAAAGAUCAACCCAAAGAUCUCCUAAAUAAUCUUUCAUUCUCUCCUCCUGCUCUAUAUUCCCCCCUCCAACACUCAGUUUUCCGAUGUCGAUAUUCGAGUACAAUGGAAGUGCCAUAGUAGCUAUGGUAGGCAAGAACUGCUUCGCUAUAGCUAGCGACCGACGACUUGGAGUUAACCUUCAAACAGUCGCUACUGAUUUCCAGCGAAUCUACAAAAUCCACCAUAAGCUCCUCCUCGGUCUCUCUGGCCUUGGCACUGACGCCCAAACUCUGUAUCAGAGGCUUGUUUUCCGUCACAAAUUGUAUCAGCUGCGAGAAGAAAGGGACAUGAAGCCUGAGACUUUUGCUAACCUUGUUUCUGCUGUACUUUACGAGAAAAGGUUCGGUCCGUAUUUCUGCCAACCCAUUAUUGCUGGAUUGGAUGGUGAUGACAAGCCAUUCAUUUGCACAAUGGAUUUCAUUGGGGCCAAGGAACUUGCAAAAGAUUUUGUUGUUGCUGGCUCAGCCUCUGAGUCCCUUUAUGGUGCUUGUGAAGCAUUUUUCAAGCCUGACAUGGAACCAGAUGAAUUAUUUGAAGUUGUAUCCCAAGCGUUGCUGGCAUCAGUAGAUCGGGACUGCUUGAGUGGUUGGGGAGGACACAUCUAUAUUGUGACCCCUGAUGAUAUUAAAGAGAAAAUCCUAAAGGGAAGGAUGGAUUGACAGCAGCCCCCCUCAUGUCCAAUUGGGCACCAGAUCUUUCUUGCCAGACCAUAUACCUGGAGUUUGAUUGGAAACAUUCUGGUUUCUUUGUUAACGAAAGCUAUUAUCUUGCAGCAACGGUUAAAUUAUGUGAUUUGGAUAAAAUUUCGAAGUGCAUUAACAAAGUUUAACUUUAUUGCCAAGAUAUGAUGUUUUUUUGAAUGCGGCC